UCUAUGUAGGAUCACUGUGAAAGCAGUGGCUAAGGAAAGAUACUGGAUACUUGCACAAGGGAUACAUGUAAAGCAUCUUGGGGUUCUUACUAACAAACAGGAUGAAGAAGAUAAUCAUCCUAUUGCUUCUGUCGCAUUUACAGUUUGGCAGCCUGGCAGUUAGUACGCCAGCUGGGGAUGGUGAAAGCCAAGCAAGCCACUCAGACUUUAUUUCACUUUCUGCUGCAAUGCACAGCUUCAGAAACCAGACAACACCACCAACAUUUAUCCCAUCUCAGAUCCAAGCAUCUGCAGUGAGUGCAUCACAGGAUCAUCUUGAAAAGCUCACCUCUGCACCCACAGAAGAGGUUCUGGGAUUGAAAGCAUUGCCAGGGACCCAGGCAAAGAAAUCCUCCACUCCAACAACCCAGCCCAGCAGGAAUCGUGCCAGUGGUCAUACUAGUGCUAAGCCAAGAACCCAAUCCAGCAGCACAAGGACACUGCCACAGAGCAUACCUAAAAAGGUACCUCCCCAGCAAGUGGUCACCAAAAGCCAAAUUGCAACAGGGAACAGAUCUCCCAGGCCGUCAUUCUAUAGCACUAACAGCACCAGCACCAAGCAGAAUGCCAGCGUCCACAAAUCCAGCUUUGAAACUACUCGUGGAAAGAACUGGUGUGCAUAUGUCCAUACCAGACUCUUACCUACUGUGGUAAUAGACAACCUGGAAACCUUUUCAUCAAGCAGAGGGAAGCCAUGUACCUGGAUAACUGGAGGCUGUGGUGUCAGAUCACAAACAACAACUCAUCAGGUUUACAGAAUCAAACAUAAAAUCGUGACAUCGUUGGAGUGGAAGUGCUGCCCUGGGUACAGUGGACAAAACUGCCAGCCCAAAGCCCAACAACAUCAAUUGAUUAUACAUAGCAACCAGGCUGAGAGCAACCAAGCUAUCAAUGGGGAAAUACCAGGAAACCAGCAGGACCUGAAUGACCCAGCAGUUACACAAAAAAUGAAUGAGCAGAUUAGCAGCCAGGAGAUGAAACUGACUUUCCUGCAGAAGAAGGUUGACAACAUUUCUGCUGCCAUGAGUGAUGUGAGCAAGAUGCUUUCCUCUCUGGAAGGCAAAAUCAAUGAAGAUAAGGGCAGAGACUUCCAGUCUUUUCUAAAAGGUCUCAAAUCUACAAGUAUUAGUGAACUGGUCAAAGAUAUUGUCAGAGAGCAGUUUAAAGUCUUCCAAAGUGAAGUGCAGGAGACUGUGGCACAAAUUUUCAAGACUAUGUCUAGUUUAUCAGAGGACCUGGAGAGUACAAAAGAACUAGUCAAACAUCUGAACGAUAGCCACCAAAAAAUUGUCUUGAAAGAAAGCCAGCUAACAAAGACUGAAAUCCUGGAACUGAAGAACCAAAUAGUGCAGAUGGAAGAGGAAAUUGUCCUUGUUUGUGACAAGCCCAUCAAAGACCUACAAGUGAAGCAAAAAUCCUUAGAGGGUGGCUUGAAGAAUGAGCAGUCAAGAAGCAUCAUUUACUAUGAAUCUCUGAAUAAGACUCUUACUCAGCUGAAAGCGGUGCAUGAGCAACUGUUAUUGGGUGAAUCAGAAUCAGAUCAAAAUAUCCUUUCUGUAGAUACAUCAAUGAAUGAUACAAUUGCAAACUAUAUGUCCAUUCUUCAUGAGAAAGUGAAGAAACAGGACCUUAUGGUAUUGCAGCUAUAUGACAACUUCAGAAUCCAAGAUAGCAAGAUCAGCAAUCUCACUGUCACAUUAGAGAUUCAGAGAGAGACUGCUCAUCAAGCAGGUGAAGACAUCUUGUUAAAGUGCAGGAAGGAUUUUCAAACACAGAUGAAGGGUGCAGAAGAGAAUGUGCAUGUCUUAAACAAAACCCUCUCUAACAUACUCCUUCCACUGGACAACAAGAUGGAUAAAAUGAAUGAGCAGAUUAAUGAUUUGUGUUAUGAUAUGGAGAUCCUCCAGCCCUUGAUUGAGCAGGGAGCACCAUUCAGCUUGACAGCAGAGUACGAACAGCAAAUUGAAACAGAAACAGUUAGUAGGAAGUUAGAAAACCUAACAACAGUUGUUAAUAAUCUGAGCUCUAUCAUCAAAGAACUUACCAAAAGCCAGGUGGCACUUAAAAGUGAAGCUCAAAUCCGUGAAGAAGUCUUUGAGAGACGUAUUAAUGAAUGCUUUAUGGAAAUAGAAGAUGGCUUAAAUAACACCAUGAUAAUUAUAAAUAAUGCUGUUGACACUGUUCAGGAUAACUAUGUACUGAAGGACUCGCUAAGUGCCCUAAAAAAAGAAACUGAGGCCUGUUGUAGCAAUGCUGAGAAGUUGGAUAGCAUUUUAUCAUUCAUUCCUCAGUUCCUGAAGUUUAAUGAGUCCCUUCAAAUACUGUUCAGUGACAAGGGGAGGUAUCAAUAUGCUUCAGAAGUAACUGAAACUCUUUCAGAUCAUCCAUACAAAGAAUUGGAGAAGGGAAUCAUGGCUGACAUCAGAAAAGUUUACCAAAUUUUAAACAGAACAUCAUUAAAAGUAGAUGAGCACCACCGAGAUAUCAGUCUCCUGGAAGAAAAGCUGGUCCACUCAGUGGAAGAAUCCAAAGACCAUGGAGUUCGCCUACAGAGUGUGGAAUCAAAAAUGACCAAGAUUUUGACAAGCAAUUGUCUUUCACUGAAAAAAACCCAAGUUGCAGCGACAGAGAGAGACCAAAUGGUCACUCUUCAGCUUCUGUCACUGAGCUCUAGGAUCAAAGCGCUGGAAGCCAAGUCUAUCCGUUUCUCAAAUGCUAUCCCCCUCUUAAAUAAGACUGUGUAUGAUGCUUGGGCACGAUGUAAGGAUGCCUCUGUCAACAUCCAAAAGGUGAAUUCCAGUGUACCCCAGUUAAUUAAACUUGCUCAGCCAGAUAUCCCAUUGCUGCAGAGAGGCUUGAAAGAGCUCACAGAAUCUGUACUUGAAAUAAAAGCAGUGACUAUCCUAACCAAUUUAACUUGGUAUGUAGACAAAUAUAUGGCUGAUGCAAUGAGCAAUAUUACCAGACUUCAAAAGCAGAUGAAACAGGUUGCAAAGAAACCAGCUACAGGAAAAAAAGUGACAGCAAAUGUUACCACAAGCCUGGCAGGCCGAAGUCAGAGAAAUGCAGACAAUACAAUAGAUCCAGGUCAGUAUUUGGCCUGUGCUAGCUCCCCCUGCCAAAAUGGAGGAACCUGCAUAAAUGAUAAACAGAGGUUUGUUUGUGCUUGUCGUCACCCCUUUGGAGGAGUCAACUGCAGCACAAAGCUGGUGGAUGACAAUACUCUGGCCAUUGAUUUUUCAAAAGGUUCUUAUAGGUAUGCACCUAUGGUGGCUUUCUUUGCAUCUCACACCUAUGGGAUGACAGCUCCAGGCCCCAUCAGAUUUAAUAAUCUGGAUGUCAACUAUGGCGCUUCCUUUAGCCCAGCAACUGGAAAGUUUCAUGUUCCGUAUCUUGGGGUUUAUGUUUUUGGGUAUAACAUAGAGUCAUUCAGUCCACGUUUCUCUGGCUAUUUGGUAGUUGAUGAAAUAGACAAACUUGCUUUCCAGUCUGAAAAUGUUAAUGGUAACAAGUACAUUGAUAGAGUAAUUACAGGAGGUGCUUUAUUGGAGUUAAAUUAUGGUCAAGAAGUCUGGCUCAGACUGGCAACUGGAUCCAUCCCAGCCAAGUAUCCACCUGUUACUACAUUUACUGGUUACUUGUUAUAUCGUACAUAAGUCAGUCAUAAAUGCCAACUGUCUUAAAAUCUAGUAGCAAGCACAGUAGUACCUUAAAAUUUUUUCUGUUUGCUGGAUACAUUCAUUUCCUAACAUGUAUGUUUCUGAAAGAAAGCCACUAACAUCCUGCAGGACACACAGAAUUUCAGGACUCCUGAGACCUGUUUCUCCACAACCUUACCACUAUAUAGAAAUGUUCUGUUCAACAAAAUGAGUGUGCAGUGGUUGCAAAGUGUAGAAUUAUCAUCCUCUGUGAGCCAAUGUAAGUGAAUAAAGAACACUGGUCUGAUCUGGUUCUGUGCUUGUGUUACACAGAUAUGUGUGCUUACACAAAGGAGUGGAGAAUCUUUCACCUUGGGUGCCUAUACAUGUGCAGCAACACUUCAUAACUACAGUGCA